AUGAGCGUGCCCGGGGCGCUGCUCGCCGUGCCGCUGCUCCUGCUGCUGCAAGGGGGGUUUCCAGGGGCUGCCAGCGACUCUGUGGCUCUGAAGGAAGGAGAAAAUCUGAACCUCAACUGCACCUUCAGCACCCUCAGCAGCAGCAACUUCACCCUGCAGUGGUUAAACCCUCGGAAUUUCACCAUUUUCCUCAAUGCCCAGCAGGUUUUACGGGACCAGAGGUACAAACUGCUGCGCUAUUCCAAGGAGGAAUUGUCCAUCCAGCUGUCCAACCUGAGCCAGCAGGACGAGGGGAUUUACAGGUGCUUCUGCUACACCAGGCACGUCAAAACCAAGAGCCAGAAGGUUGAGAUUUUGGCUGCUCCAUCCCAGCCGGUGCUGGAAAUGUCCCAGGAUGAGGAAAGAGGCCUCAACCUCUCCUGCCUCACGCAGGGGGGCAGACCCCAGCCCCAGAUUUCCUGGCUGUUGGACAACGGCAUUGAGCUCCCAGGUGACACCAGGCACCAGCUGGGAGCUGAUGGCAAGAAAUGGAUCAGCAGGAGCACGCUGAGGAUCCUCAGCUCCAGCCCCGGAGCGACAGCCACGUGCAUGGUCCGGCACCCUGCACUCGGGCCACAGCGCCUGGGGGCCUCUUUCCCCUUCCAGGGCCUCCCCAGCUCGGGCUGCAAAGAAGCAACCAGACUUGCAGAGGACACACAAGUCCCCAGCCCUUCAGAGAAUCCAGCAGGUUCCAGUUGUCCAGGGAAUCCAGCAGGUGCCAGCCCCUCUGCAUCCCCAGAGAAUCCAGAAAUUUCCAGCCCUUCUGCAUCUCCAAAAGAUCCAGAAAUUUCCAGCAGCCCUUCUGCAUCCCCAGAGAAUCCAGAAGUUUCCAGCCCUUCUGCAUCCCCAGAGAAUCCAGAAGUUUCCAGCAGCCCCUCUGGACCCCCAGAAAAUCCAGAAUUCUCCAGCCCCUCCGCAUCCCCAGAUGAUCCAGGAGCUUCCAACCCUUCUGCAUCCCCAGAGAACCCAAAAUUCUCCAGCCCUUCUGCAUCCCCAAGUGAUCCAGGAGUUUCCAGCCCUUCUGCAUCCCCAGAGAACCCAGAAUUCUCCAGCCCUUCUGCAUCCUCAAAUUAUCCAGGAGUUUCCAACCCUUCUGCAUCCCCAGAAUUUUCCAGCCCUUCUGCAUCUCCAAAAGAUCCAGGAGUUUCCAGCCCCUCUGCAUCCCCAGGGAUUCCAGCAGCACAAACCUGUGUUACAGAGCAAAAUCCCGAAUCCAAAGGACCCCUGAGGAAGGAGAAGAAUCUCCUGCUGCCCAUCCUGGUGGCUGCUCUGAUCCUGGUGCUGCUCAUCAUCGUGCUGCUGUUCAUGGUGAAGCUGAAGAAAGCUCACGGGGUGUGGAAGAGAGAAAAUGAUGUUUCAGAACAAACACUGGAGAGUUAUAAAUCCAGAUCUAAUGAAGACAGUCCAGGCCAUGAGAAGAAUGGACAAGCUGGAAAUCCCAAAUCCAACAUGCAAUAUGUGACAGAAGGACACACGGAAACCCCAAAGAAGGAUCUGGAAACCCCAGAGAAAAAUCCUGAAAGGCCAGAGAAGAGCCCAGGUGACAAAAGCACGGCAAUAAAUGAGGAGAUGUUCACGUGUGGAAGGGAGACAGAUGUGUAACGAUGGCAGAGCUGCAGGAAACUGCAAUUUCCUGAUAUUUACAAGAAACUUUUCGGGGAUCUUGAUUUGAGGGAG